CACAACGGGGUGACGGGGCACCAGCGAAGAUAGACUCGUCUCAGUCCCGGUUCGCGUUAGAAUAACCUUACAGCCCACGUUAGCCAUUUGGCGACCGUUACGCUACAAAAUAUGAGGCUUUUCUUCUGACAAAGAGCAGCAAUAGGUUAUCCGCUGCUGUAGGAACAGUUCUGCUUUAGCCGGGGGAACUGUGAUGAGAGCCGUCAGAUUUUCCACUAUCAUCCUUUAUUAUCGGUUCAGUUCUUCCUCGUCUUUUUUUUGUAGCGUUACGCGGUGUGAUAAUUAAACGUGUCCUCUUUUCACGUUUUUUUUUUAUCGUGAGACUUUUUCCCACCUUUCCCAGAUGACAUGAAUAAUUUCGGUAUUCAGCGGUGCUCCGGCAAAGAGGACGCAUGGAUAGGAGAGUGCUCGUCUGACAUCAAGGUGCCUGAACGUUCGCUGAAGUUGCUCCGCUUAAGAGGCUGUGCACCGGGAGAUGACCAGGCAAGAGUCCAGUGUUUGUGAGACGAUCAACAAGCUGUGUUUGUGUGUGUGUUUGUGCGUGUGUUUGUGUGUGUGUGUGUGUGUGUGUGUGUGUGUGAGACUCUAUGACUAAGCAACCGCAACAAAGAGAGAGGCCAACACCAGGGAGAUGCCAAAUUACUGUCGGCUCAUUUUCGAGGCUCUGCGUCUGUCAGUGAUAGACUACUGCAUGCCAGCGAGUUGGUUUACUGACCGCCUGGAGGCCUAAAACACUAUUCCCCCUAACUGAUUUCCUUCUGAUAGUGUGAUAGCCCAUCCGAUUAGCUAAUCACCACCCAGCCCUCGGCUUGUGACUGACUCGUCAGACAAGCACAAGCCCAUAUCAGGAAAGUUUUACAAGGGCCUUACUUUUUUUCUUUUAUUGUAUCCUAACAGAACUGGAACAAUGACCGCAUAUCAUUAAGAUUAGAAGGGAUACCACUUGACUGGCUUGGUCAGGUUCACAAACCUCAAUCCAGAAGAGGUCCACCUAUGACCCAAGCUGGGGGGACCUGCAUCCACCCUGUGACCUACCAUAGGCUCGUUUAACACAUGCCAGUGCCUUUGUCAUGCGGGGAAUCUGGCGACCUGUUCCAAACACGCCAGUGACCCAGACGCCAAGAACCACUGGCUGAGAUGACUGCCCAUCCUCUCCAUCUUGACCCAUGACCCCUGCAGAAGUCAGAUAGUCAGAUAUAGGCGUACCUCAUGCCCUCCUCAGAGCUCUAAUAGUCAGGGACACUUGCCCGCCUGGCUGUCUGGACGAGCGCAUGCCCGUAGCCGCGCCGCGCCAGCACCGUCACGGCUGGCCAUCGUGGCGCGGUCAACGUCGUCGGCCAUGACCCGGCUGAUGCUGGGCCGGACUCUGGAGCGGAUCUGUAAAGGCGUGCUGCUGCUCUGCCUGCUCCACUUCCUCAUCAUGAUGAUCCUGUACUUUGACGUCUACUCCCAGCGCUUUGACCUCUUCAGCCGCUUCAACAACGGACGAAACGGAUCCAGGAAUAACGGGAGCGGGGCCCCCGGAGGGAGCGGACAUCAUUAUUAUUAUUACAACCUGUCCAGGCCCAACGCCACGUUGGCCAGCUACCUGGCCACGGGUGAGCAGCUGCUGCCGAGCGCCAAGCCCGAGACCAAUCACACGCCCUCGCCCAAGCUGCUGCCGCCAUGCCCCGAGAUCCCCCCCGGGCUGGUGGGGCGUCUGCUUAUUGAGUUCAGUUCCCAAAUGACCAUGGAACGAGUGCAGAAAGAAAACCCAAACGUGACGGAGGGAGGCCGCUACACCCCCCCUGACUGCCGGCCCAGAUGGAAGGUGGCCAUUAUCAUCCCGUUCCGCCACAGGGACAACCAUCUAAAGUACUGGCUCCACUACCUCCACCCUAUUCUCAGACGACAGAGGAUCGACUACGGCAUCUAUAUCAUCAACCAGCUGGGUGAGGACACGUUUAACCGCGCCAAGUUGCUGAACGUCGGCUACACGGAGACCCUGAAGGACGGCGAGUAUGACUGCUUCAUCUUCAGCGACGUGGACCUGAUCCCCAUGGAUGACCGCAACCUCUACCACUGCUACGACCAGCCCAGACACUUUGCCAUCGCCAUGGACAAGUUUGGCUUCAGGUUGCCGUAUGCGGGUUACUUUGGAGGGGUUUCUGGCCUUAGUAAAAAACAGUUCCUCAAGAUCAACGGCUUCCCCAACGAGUACUGGGGCUGGGGAGGGGAGGACGAUGACAUCUACAACAGAAUUACACUGAACGGUAUGAAGGUGUCCAGACCAGACGUUCGGAUCGGCCGCUACCGAAUGAUCAAACACGAGAGAGACAAACACAAUGAGCCGAACCCACAAAGAUUCAACAAGAUCCAGAACACCAAGAACACAAUGAAGAGGGAUGGCAUCAGCUCUCUGACCUACAGACUGGUUCAGGUUAAGAGAUUCCCUCUCUACACAAAUAUCUCUGUGGAGAUCGGCAAGCCCCCGCCCAGACCCUUCAGAGGCUGA